AUGUUCAAAAGCAUCCUCCCUUCCCGACGGGCGCCUUCCUCCACCACUGAGUUUCAGAUGCUCACGUCCCCUGUUGACUCAACCGACUCCGAACCCAACGGCAAGGAAAACUACUUUGCGAACAACGGCUCUUCUUACGACCUUAACGCGAAACCGAAGACGACAAAGCACAAGAAGAUGAAGAGCAAGGGACAGCCGGAGAUACAGGCUCCCUUGUCCAACCAGGACUUCGACCGACUGCUCGAUGACCUCCAGAUACCAGACACACUUCGCCCGAAGUUGGCGACCAUGGACGCAUCUGUGAAGAUGGCGUUCCUCAAAUCCUCUCAGGUCCUCGCCCUGAAGCCUGCGCCCGCCGCCGCUCCCCUGACGCCUCGCUCUCUGCGACGAGCGCAAAGCAGCGAGUCUGUUCUCUCGUCACCUCGCCCACUAAAGUCCGGCUUGGAAUCCUACGACCUCCCCGGCCGUUCUCAAUCCUCCUUCGGAACCGGCCACUUGCGUGGUAUGUCCAUGGAUGUCCGAGGACAACCUCUGGACUCCAGGGCAGCUCCCGUCGCCCCCCUGAAAGUCACCAAGGACAAGAAGAAGGCCGGUAGCACCCCUGCGCCCGAGAAGUAUGUGAGCAUGCUUCUUGGGCAGUCGAGUACUGCGAUGGACGUGGAGGUAGUGAAGAAGCUCAGGCUUCUUUUGAGGAACGAGUCGGCAAGCUGGACCGACGACUUUGUUCAGAAUGGCGGCUACGACGCGCUGCUUACCCGUCUUAACGAGAUUCUUGAAGUCGAGUGGCGGGAAGAACAGCACGAUGAUCAGAUGCUGUAUGAACUUCUGCGAUGCGUCAAGGCGCUCUCUACAUCGGCAGUCGGUUGCAAUGCCCUGCGGCUAGCAUGUCCACAGCCAUUCGACAAGCUCGUUUCACUCUUGUACUCCGACAAGAAGCCGGGCGAUGUUCCCACCAGGCAACUCAUAGUCGAGCUGCUCCUCUUCCUCUUCGAUCUAUAUCCCCCGUCCUCCCUCCCGUCAGUCGGCAGCCCAGCGCCAGGACACUCCCGCUCGCGGUCUCGCUCUGUCCCUUGGGAGCUCUCCGAGGGUAUGAGAUCAACAGGCAACCUCGUGGUUCUCCCACACCCACACUCCACCGUUUUCGCAUUUGUCAAGAGUCUUCUACUCACCCCUGCGCCACCCCCGAGUGAGGCUCCUGGGACACCCCUCGAGCCUCACGCAUUCAUUGAGGACCUCCGUCGGCCUCGCAUCUACAAGACGUACCUCCAAGAACUUUCCGACAUUUGCCGGGACUACUUCUGGGUGUUCUGCCACCCCAGCAACACCAUCUGGGAGCUAAAUGAAACUGACGAGGCGAAGGUGGAGAAGCCUCGAGCACCUGGUGGCAUGACUGGAGGCGUCGAGUAUGAGGCGAUGUGCUACAUGACGAUGCACUUCAAGUUCAUCAACGCCAUCGCGGUGUGCACUCAGGCGCUGAACUUGCCGAAAGAGCACGAGAACUCAGCGUUCCGCUUCCACCAGGACAUGCUCCAGUCCGGGAUCGAGCGCAUUAUCUCGGUCGCGCGCAAGGCGUCGACGACGUACUACCCCACCCUUCACCUUGAGCUCGCACGCUACAUGCACGCAGCCGGUCUCUCUGGGGUCGACAUCCCCUGGACGCUCUCGCGCAUGCUCGGCCAGCCCCCUGCGGGCGUGCGCCGUCCCACGCCUCCCGUCAUCCCCGCGGCAGCGACACAGAACACCCCAACAACGCCGACGAAGCAGCGGACCGCGCCCGCGCCCGGGUUCGCGGGGUACCCGGCGUACCCCGCUCUGCCGUCUGGACGGCAGUCGGGGGAGCAGAGUCGGAAGGUGACGCCGAUGUUCAACUGA